UGGCACAGAUUAAAGCUACGUCAUUCAUGAAAGCCCAGCCUGUGUAUCGAUCGCUCCUUUACACGAGCGCCUAGAAACUGUGUGGUCUUUAGAAUCGGGAUGUCGAUAUGUAUAUGUGUUGAGGCGCUUAUUCAAUGCUUCGUUAUAAGGCUGUACAUCGAGCCUAGAAAACGAACUGUUCGAACUAUUACGUCUUCUUUAUUUUAAGCCACUCCGCGUGCUCUUUUUUUAUAUUUAUAUACACUUGGAAGGAUUUUUUUUAUUGUAUAUGGGAAUACUCGUGGGAAGGCGAUCACAACACGAACGCGUGAAUCAGCGCUUCGUGGCCUUUUUUGGAAAUUCGACGCAGAAAUCGCGACUCGCCGUUUUCUCUAGCUGUCCAACGCGCUUAUCAUGUUUAUUGCGAAUAAUCAUGAUUCGCCUAACGAAGGGGACCGAAAGCCUUAAUAUUAAGCUUUGAUGCCUUCAUUCAUCUACUUCUCUUACUACUCCGUCGCUUACUUAUAUUUGCUUGCUAUUUCGGGCCGUUGAACCAAAGCAAAUUUUACGAUUUUUUUACUUUAUUUUUCUCGUUCAAUGUGAAUUUCAAAUUCUCACCGGAGUAUUCGCAAUGUUGGCUCGGAAUAUAUCCAGACAAUAAUUACCCGGAGACCCGCGCGCAUUCCUAUGGUCUCUCCGAGUGGGGGGAAUGAGAAUUCAUCGUACCGCUCGUGCGACUCGUACGGACUGUGUACUAAAAUCCCCUAGGGAAGGGAGCGCUCAACGUGGACUCCGACCGCGAUGUGGCUGCCGGAGAGCUGUGUUGUCAUUGUACAGUAGACUCUCAAUAUUUAUGUCCCUUUUGCUAGCUCGGAUAUUUCUGAUCGAGUGCACCACUCCCAUUGUCUUGUGCUACUCAACGAUAGCAAACGCACGUUGAUUUUUUCUGGUAAAAAAGUAUUAAUACAGAUUAUUUGAAUUUGAUCGUUGAAGAAUUUCUGGGGCAACAUGAAAAUUUCGGUUUCUCAAACUUGCCGCAUAUUGAUGACGCUGACGCGAGCAGAUAAAUGGCCCGUUAGAUUCGUACAUUUUAUUUCGCUUAUGAACAAUAUUUCAAAAAUGUCCGAAUAGAAAAAGUUCGAAGUUUGAAACAAUCACAAGAACGAAAACUUCGACUUUCGACCUUCGCGCUAAUCGGAAAUGAACUGUAGAUACGAAGAGUAACAAGAGAUCGUAGUGGGAAAAAAAUACGGGGCCAUGGGAAACUCGGCGUACAAGCGGCAACGUUGCGCGCGUUCAUACAUUGACAUGGACACACACAUAGGCGGGUGAACGAGCUGUGUACAGCUGUGGGGCAGGACUGUGAAUACGAGCCACGAUUGUGACCACGAGGUCGCUUCUCAGAGUUUCUCGAGUGCCCUGCCGUUCUGGGAACUACGGGAUAUCUUUUAUCUCUUUCACUCCCAUUCUCUGUCUCGUUUUUCUUCCAUCGCUCUCUUUUCCCGUCAGAGCGCCGUCCGCGUAGUAGAAAAACUAUCCGUCGAUGAGACUUCAUUUCGGUAUUUCCGUCCGGGCACACGCGUAAUCGAUUAAAAUAAGUUCAGUGCGCGAAUUGUGUAUUCGAACAAAAACAUGGAAUUUGAAAAACAUUACACUGUUCAAUAGUUUUUAAAAUUUCAUUUCCGACUCUGUACGUUCUCUCAAUUAUUUUCAUAAUAAACGAAAAGUGAGUUUUUUGUGCUUCUCUGUAUACCAAAUUUAUACUCUCGUGGUAUCUGAAUUGCGACUGUAGUUUUUUCUCAACACGUGUUGUUCUCUUGACAGUUGCGAAACAAUUGGGAACUUCCUAAUUUCAUAGGCUAAUGAGGCGUGUUUUCGUGACGCGGCUAUAUCCAAGAGUUUUUCGCGCCAGAUGUCGCUUCUUCUACGACUUUGUUGUUGACGACGCAAAGCGUAUCAAAAGUAUCAAAACAUUCCGCAGCGCACAUUCGCGUCCGUGUAUACCAGUGUUUUUUUCCAUUUCUUAUUUUUGAAAUCACGUGUACGAGAAAUAAAUCAUCACACAGUGAACCAUGAUUAUCGAUAGAUGUCCUUCAAGGGAAGGAGGCGAAGAGCAUCAUAUACAUGAAGAGAACAAGAGGUUGAGAGAGAGUACCGUGAAAAACGAUAAAAUGACGGAUAUCAUAGAGCACUGCGACCUGCGAGAUAAUAUUAGUUCCAUGAAGCAGUCGAUAGUGCCGACGAAUCGUUCUCCGUUGUUUUCACCACGUUCUCAGCUGGUAGCAACGGUAGACGAAGUGGAUAACCGUGAUUAUCGUAUGGAGGAGGUCAGACUGAGAAGUUAUUCAACAUGGCCGGUGCCGUUUUUGGAUCCAGCUAAAAUGGCAGCAGCUGGUUUUUACUAUACCGGCGAGGGUGACAAAGCUAAAUGUUUUGAGUGCAAAGUGGAUAUCGGUGGAUGGGUAGAAGGUGACAAUCCAAUGACGGAGCAUCAAAGAUGGCAAGAACAAUGUCGUUUCAUAAGAAAAAUUCCAUGCGGAAACGUGCCCAUUGGUGAAAAUCCAAAUUCUAUACCACAGCCAAGACCACGAGGUCACGACGUCUGCGGCCCUUAUGGAAUCGAAUAUAGACCGGGUUCUGUGCCGGAUUGUCACACCGCAUCGUCCGAUAUUCCCCUGCCAAGCACAGCUAAAUUGGGCUCUCUAGGAAUCGGUCGACCCAAAGGACCGGCUCAUCCGGAGUAUGCCAGUUACGACGCCAGACUAAGUACUUUCAAAUCAUGGCCAAAAUCUAUGCCACAAACUAAAGAGUGCCUCGCCGAUGCUGGCUUCUGGUACACCGGCAGAAGUGAUCAAACUAUUUGUUAUCACUGCGGGGGAGGUCUUAAAGACUGGGAGCCUACCGAUGAUCCGUGGGAACAACAUGCACAAUGGUUUUCCAAAUGUUAUUAUCUCCUUAUGGUGAAAGGACAGGCAUACGUCAACACCGUCACCGGUCAGACCAUUUCGCUGCCUUCCAACGAGGAAACAAUGCAAAUGAAUUUGCCGAGUUAUAUAAAGAAGGUCGAGCCAAAAGUGAGCUCGGAAAAGGAGAAAGAUGGUGAAAAAUCGAGCAACGCGGGUCCGAGCGCUCAGAGCAGCAGCACCAGCGUCAACAGCCUGGUUGAAGGAUCGAGAAGUGCAACAGUGGAUGAAAAAUCGAGUCCGCAAAAGGUCGAAGCUGGUACGACGUCGCAGGAGAACGCGAAGAAGCCAAUCGACGAUGCGCGUCUCUGUAAAAUAUGUUACGGCGAGGAAUUGGGGGUCGUAUUUUUGCCCUGCGGCCACAUGGUAUCUUGUGUCAAGUGUGCGCCAGGUAUGGUUACGUGCGCCCUUUGUCGACAAUCGGUCUCGAUGACCGUGCGUGCAUUUUUCUCAUAGUAGGGUCCCGGAGUGCCCUAGGUUAUUUACUUUAAACGUCAACAAAUUUAAUUUUCUUAUAAAUUCUAAAAGAAAACACGAUUGUCGAGAGAAUCGUUUAAAUUUAAUAAACAAACAAAACGCUUCAAUUUCAAAACGUAGAUUGAACAUUAAUGAGAGCCCCGUUUAACCCGAACAAUCCAGCGUCGUCGAUUCGCGCCCCAUGCGCUUUAUUUAAGGUAGCAAACAUGGCGUUUUUUUUUCUUUUUUUUUUCUUUUUUUUUUUUCAAAAUUUAGGGAGAAAACGAAACAAGCUGAAUGACAUGACUCAUGGAGCAUACCGGUUUGCGAAUACGAGCACGAAUUUAGGGGAUGAUCUGUUUUUUCUCGCGUCAUUCUUCCCCAUCGCUAAUACUAACGGGGAAGAGCGUGGGAUGUGAAAAAGAUAAAACGCUUUUUUCGUUCAGUCGAACGACCGUCUCAAAAACGUGCGAACCUUCGACUCUAUAUUUCGUUCCCCUUUCGUAUACUGAGCCUGAUAGAACAGAGCCUUAAAUUCGUCGCUCAUAUUCGCAACCGUGACGUUGCUAUUUGCGUAAUCUCAAAUUCGUCGUUUAUUAUUGAACUCACACACGCACACACGCGAAAAGAAACUCGAUUAUUUAAAGAAAUUAAAAAAUAUUCGAUUCUCGAGGAAGAAUCAUUUUGUCGAAAAAAAAAACGAGUAACGAGAAAGACAAAAUACGAAAAAUAAAAAAAUAAAGUUAAAUAGCAACUUUACAUGAUGUCUAGUCAUAUCCAGUAUUACUCAGCAAAUGAUCAUAAGUGGGCGAUCGUUAAAAUUCGCAGAUAAGCGAGAAAAUGAAGAGAGUUUGAAAAACAGGGGUAAUAGAUGAAAAUUGAAUAAAAAUGGCAAAUGUUCCGAAAUCUAUUGAGUCUUUGUCCAUUUUUUAUAUCUGUAUAUUUUUUUAUUAUCUAUAUUCUGAAUAUUUCGGUAAAAACAUAUGGAUAAUCAGGGGAGAACAGGAGAAGAAAUUUCUUUUCAAGCGUACUUUGUACUUCGUGUAAUUACGAAUUAAUAGUAUUCGAUAUAUAUUGUACAGUGGACACGUUAAGGAGGAGGGGAAAGAAAAAAUGAGAAAAACGAGAUAAGCACACACAGUAAAGCGCUGAUUCAAAGUUUCUGUCGAAAGUGUAUGUUCGGUGAAUAAGCUGAAAGAAACGAGAGUAGAAAUAUCGACAGAUUGUUUCAUAAUUUUCAUGGAAAAACAAUUAUUUCGACUGAACUACUGCGGGGCCUCCGAUCUGAUAAGGCUCCAUUCGAAGAAGAACAAAAACGGCAAAACAUGGUUUUAUAAAGCAACUGCGACUGACUCAAAACAAAAAAAUUGUAAGAGAGAGCGAAAGAUUACGAAGAUUCGAUAUCCCAUGUUGCUACCGAUAAUCUUAAAGUGCUUUGGAGGACAAAAUACAUCAUUUUAUUCGAAUAACAUUCUCAAGCCCCGCGAGAUAAACGAUAAAAAAUAUGCGAUUUCUCACUUUGAGCUUUCAAGAGGGUUUUCAAACUACGAAAAUCGUUAAUUGACGCGGAAUGUAGCUGCAACUAUAAAACACACACGUACAUUCGUACUCGAUUUUGUUGCAUUUAAAAAAAAAAAAAAAAAAAACAAAUUUCUUUUUUAAUUCCCCACGGAAUAACGAAACGUGGAAAAGUGAUGAUCGCUCCAGAAACAAAGAUAAAAAGGAUCCUUCACUUUUGACGAAUUUUGAUAAACUCACUCGAAAAACAAAUCGUACAUCAGUUAUAAUCAUAUUCAUGGGGGUUAGGGUUAGCGUAUUUACAAUUUGGGAGAAAGAAACAAAAUAAGAAUGAAACCUGCUCGAACGGCCGAGAAACUGCCGAAAAUUCUCUUCUCUCCCCCCACGAUUUUUUCUUCUUUUCUUUGUUUAUUUUUUAUUUUUCGUUUAUUUUAAAUAAUAAAUAGAUUUUUAAUGAGAUAGGUAACUGCGAAACAAUUGUUGGACACGUAAAUAAAUAGAUUGCAGAAUCAUAUCAAUAAAUCUAGUUUCUCUAUCGUCCGGGCCAGCUUUUACAUACACACACGUACACACCCACAUAUAUAUACAAAAAUUAUACUAUUGUCGUCUCGUGAUGAGAAAACACUUGUAAUUAUAGCUGAGAGAGCUCAAAAAUCGAUGUGUAAAGAAGAACGUGUCAAAAUUAUACGUUCUGAAAAAAAAAAAACGAUCGAUUCGUUCAAGAGCAAAGAACGUUUGAUACGAAAAGCUAGAAUAGAUCGAUAAGAAUAUGCAAUUGGGGCAGAAUAAGAAAUUUUAGAAAGAAUAUAAACCGGAAAAUCUUAUGCGAAAUAAAAAGAGACAAUUUUUUGUUUGUUUGUUUUAUUUGAUGAAAUUUGUCGCAGACCUCUAUUGGUGCGCGACUGUCGAGUGGUUCGCAUCAACGUAUAUGAGUGAAAACGAAACUGAAAAGCAUCGAAAAAAAGGAAUUUUUCAACCAAUUUCUCCAUCUUCUUGCCAAUUUUAACUGAAGCUCGUUGCUGUGUUUUUUCGGACUUAUUCGAUUUGGAGAUCGAAAGGCUUUUACAGACUUUCAAUGAAGCUUGCUCAGGUUAAUUGCUCCUAAAAGCUUUUACAGGCUUUUAACGAAGUUUCCAGACACAAAGCUUCAAAAAUGCUCUUAUACGUCACGUUUAAAUUUGCUGGAAGGUGGAACGACCGGCUUUGUCGGGAAACUGAUGGAAAAUCGAUAAAAAAUGGCUGAAGAAUAAUCGUUGAUAUUGAGAACCCUCGAGAUUCGAUAUUGGCACGUUUUUUACAUGGAGGGAAACGAAAGAGACAGAGAGGGGCUUUUAAUUGAAUUUUUUGGCCCGGACGAUAUGUUUUUUGCUGUAUCACGAUGCUCCUCAACAUCGUACAAAAACCUCCCCCCACACUCACACACACACACACACAUUGUAUAGCAUUUUCAUAAAGGCUUAGCGAAAAUCACAAUUUUUCGUCAUUUUCUUCGAUUUUUUUUCGUUUAUGUUCAAUAUUAUUUUAAUUCAUUAUUUUCGCUAAGCAUUUUCUAUAUAUAAGAAAAUGUACAAUAUUAUAAGUUGAAAUAAACUGUCAAAUAAUAA